AUGCCCCGACUGGCCGCGUGCUGCCGGGGCUCCUCCAAUGACGAUGGGUGCUUCCCCGGUGCCCCGGACUCGUCCCUCUCCAGACGACCUCUCCACAUUUCCCCGGUUGAUCCCUUCCGCGAUGGGGCAUCGUCCGGCAGGAUGUGGUGCAAUGCCACUUCGUUACGCUAUGCCCUCCUAGCUCCUGCGGUCGACGCCCUUCCCGAACGAGGCGCAUGGACCGGGGUCUUGGAUCCCGUCUUAUAA